GCUUCUGUGGUGUUUGAUCCUCCUUUUGGAUGCUCUUCGGAGUUGCAGGGCUGAGAACGAGAGGGCGAGGGAGCUCAUGACGCAGGCCCGCAUGAUUGACGGACACAAUAAUCUUCCCUUGAAGCUGAGGCAGCUCUACCAAAACAAGCUGAGCAAAAUUGAUCUAAGAACCCUUACCACCACACACACAAACAUCCAGAAACUCCAAGCUGGCCUGGUUGGAGCUCAGGUUUGGUCUGUGUUUGUCCCCUGUGGUGCUCAGAACAAAGAUGUCGUUCGUCUAACCUUGGAGCAGAUUGACAUCAUCGAUAGGUUGUGUAAAACCUAUGACGAAUUUGAGAUGGUGACAUCGUCCCAAGGCAUUGAAAACCUUCCAAAUGAUAAGAUAGCUUGCUUGAUGGGCAUCCACGGGGGUCACUCCAUCGACAGCAGUCUUGCAGCUCUGAGGAUAUAUUACGAACUGGGCGUCCGAUACAUGGCACUAACAAAUGCCUGCAACACACCCUGGGCACAAUCAGCCGUACAAUCAGAGAACCACUUGCAUCCUGACACUAGUGGCUUGAGCUCCUUUGGCAUUAAAGUGGUAAAAGAGAUGAAUCGCCUGGGAAUGAUGAUAGAUUUAUCGCAUGCCAGUCAAGCAACUGCCAUGGAUGUCCUUGGAAUCUCCAAAGCACCAGUCAUUUUCAGCCAUUCGCUAGCGCUUACGGUUUGCGAACACCCGCGUAACAUUCCUGAUGAUAUUUUGCAGCGCCUGAGACAAAACAAUGGAAUUGUGAUGGUCAUAUUUCAUGGCAAGCCAGAAGACUGUGGAGGCAAAACUGUUGGUAUUUCCACUGUAAUAGAAAAUCUUGACUACAUCCGGAGCACUGUGGGUUCAGAAAACAUAGGACUUAGCGGCGGCUACAACGGAGAGCUUCCACUCUCUGAAGGACUGGAAGAUAUUUCCAAAUGCCAAACACUGAUCCAAAAACUGCUGGACAAAGGCUGGAGUGAGGAGGAAGUGCGAGGCAUUUUGAGAGAGAACUUCCUGCGUGUUUACCGUGAGGUGGAAAAAGUGCGGGAUGCGAGUGCUGUCCAGAAACCAAAGGAAGCUGAAAUUCCUCUGCGGCUGGUACAGAACAAGUGCCGCUUAGAGCUGAAACCUCCUCCUAGAAUUUCUCUUUUAGAUUGAUAUUGUCACCGGGACAAUUGACAGUCUGAUCUUUCGCUGCUGUUGCAUCUCCAUGGAAGUCCUGUUGAGAAAAAAUAAUAAUAAAUCCACCUUCCUAAGCAAA